GCAUGGCUGACUGGAUCAUCAGUAUGCGGACUCAGCUGGUGUCCAACCUCAAGAAAGAGGGAUCUUCCCACAACUGGCAGCACAUCACUGACAAAAUCAGCAUGUUCUGCUUCACAGGGCUGAAGCCUGAGCAGUAGUGAAGCACCUCACACUGCCUGCUCGUUCCCUGCCCUCCCUGCCUGAUGGAGCCAGCGCUGGCACAGGACCCUCCUCAAGGCAGCCAGUGGAGCCUGGUGCAGGAGCACUAGUGGGAUGUGGAUGGUGGCAUGUGCCACCCUGGGAGGCACAAUGGCUCAGGGCACUGGGAGCAUCAACUGCGACUACAAGGACUGGGAGUGGAGCUCCAACACCAGGGAAUGGGCCAGGCUCCUGCAGAGCCCCAGCAUGGAGACAGUGCCAGAGAACAGAGAGAGCAAAAGGAAUGGUCUGGGGGCCAUGUCGGCUUUGAGAGCCGUCUUCAUCAUGGUCAGCACUGCCCUUGGGGCUGGGCUGCUCAACUUUCCUGCUGCCUUCAGCAUGAUAAGCAGCGUGGCUACAGGCAUCACACUGCAGAUGUGCAUGUUGAUCAUCAUCAGAGGCUUGGUCAUCCUGGUGUACUGCUCACAGGCCAGCAAUGAGUGAACCUGCCAAGAGGUGGUGUGGGCCAUCUGCAGGAAGGUGCCCUACAUGCUGUGCGAGGUGGCCAUAGCCGUCUACACCUUCGGUAUCUGCAUCACUUUCCUCAUCAUCAUUGGAGACCAGGAAGACAAGAUCAUUGGUGCUCUGGUGACAGAGCCCAAGAAAGCUGGGAGCAGCUGCUGGUACACAGACUGCAAGUUCACCAUCAGCAUCACGGCCUUCCUCCUCAUCCUGCCUCUCUCCAUCCCCAAGGAAAUCAGCUUCCAAAAAUACACCAGAUGGCUGUCUGUGAUUGGCACCUGAUAUGUCACAGCAGUCAUUAUCAUCAAGUACAUCUGGCCGAACAAAGAGCUGGUGCCUGUGGAGAUCCCCACCAGCCCCUCCACCUGGACCGUUGUCUUCAAUGCCAUGCCCACCAUCUGCUUUGGGUUCCAGUGCCACAUGAGCAGCAUGAAGCAGCCAGAGGUGAAGACCUGGGUGGUGGUGGUGAUGGUAGAUAUGGUGAUCAUCCUCUUUGUCUAUACCAGCACUGUUAAGUGA